CAACCAUCCAAUUUUCACAAAUAUAUAAAUAAAAUAUAUUAAAUUUUAUAUAUUAAACAGGACUCCCUCUUUUUUAUAUAUAAACAAUGGGAGAGGUAUCAUUAAUAGGUGUUACAGCAAUUUUAUGUCAAAAGGCUGGAAAUACUUGGACAAACUUAGAUGAUUCAUUAUGUAGAUUGGAAAUAUUAAAAAGUGUAGCUGAUUCUAAAUUUAGAAUGGUUGCGAUAGCCACAGAUAGCAAAUGCAUUUUUAAUAAAUGGGUUAGAACCAAUAGUUCAAUAACAAAAUGUAGUGAUUUAUUUUUGGAAAUUAAACAAGUUUCAUCACAAAAUUCACAAACAGAUUUUAUAGGGGUUAAUUUUGCAUACAAACCAGAAGUUGAUAAAUUUUAUAAUUGCUUUACACAAUGCAUUGAAACAUUACAAAGUCAAAGAGGUUUAGGACGACCAAUAAAUCAGUCAAAUGCAGCAAAACCACCAAUACCCCAAGCCACACCAAAUUCAAACGGUGUUAGCAGUAGCAACAGCCCCAAUCAAAAUAAUUUAAAUGAAAGUCUUUUAUUACCACCACCACCAGAAAAUUUAUCAGAAAAAUCAAUAUCAAUUUCAAAUUCUAUAUCAAUUGACUCAUUACAGCAAUUGGCAAAUGGUAUUUCUUUAGAAGAUUUACCAUUACCACCAUUACCAACAACAACUGUUACAUUUUCAGAUGUUAAUUCAAUUGGAUCAAUACCAGCUUUUGAUUUUUCAGCACUUCCACCACCACCACCAACAUUAAUGACAUCAAGAUUAUCAGGUAGUCUUGGUAUUGAGUUUAAGAAUGCAGUCAAUGGACAUUCCCCAACAUUAAAUUUAACACCUUUAUCAUCAUCACCAUCCGAAAAUGGCAAUGUUUUAAAUUCAAGUGGGGGCAGUAUAAACUCAGCAUCAGCUUCACACUUGACAGAUUUAUUUAACCAACCACCAACCACCACACAACAACCACCACAACAACAAAAUGUACCAACACAAACACCACCCUCAAAUAAAAUUCAAAAUAUUAUUACCACAACUACAACAACCACUACUACUAUUAAUAUUAGAACUGGUAGUAGCUCAGAUAGUUUCUUAAAAACAGCAUCGGGUAGAAGAUCAAUUAGAGUUAGACAUAGUACUAGUAUCUCUGAUCAACAAAAGAAAACAUUAGGUAGAAAAGAUGGUUUGGCAGUAUCACUUCAAAACGUUGAAGGUCUUCAAAACAUCGCAGAAAACCUUGAGGAUGAAACAUUAAACUUUUUAGAUUUAGUAAACGAACAAGUUGUCACACCAGAAAGUUCAAAUAAUGCACAACUUAAUCAAUCUUUAUUAAAGAUUUUUGAACAUCUUCAAGUUUUAUUCAUUUUAACUGGUCAAUCAUCAAACCAUCCAGGUCAAAAAUUCAUUACACAAAUUACACAUAAGCUAGGAAAAGGUCCUCAAACAGCUGAAUUCUUUUCAGGAAAAGUUGAAAAUCAAUGGUUCAAUCUCGACGACGUUAAAGAGAUUUCCGGUAUUCAUAAUCUUUUGGCCCUAAAAAAGAAUUUAAUCUCUGCAAUUGCUCAUAUUAGUACAAGUGUUAGAGUUUUAGGUUUGCAAGCUAGUUUGGAGAUUGACUGGAUGUCCAGAAACAAAGCAUCUGAACCAGAGAAAAUCGUUGUACAAUUGUCAUGUUUAACUAGAGAGCUUCUUCGUUCAAUGUCAAAACUAUUGGGUGCAACUGUUACCUAUUGUAAUGUUUGCUCCACCAUUUCAAAUUUACGUAAAGAUCCUUCAUUUGCAACUAGCACAGCAAAUAGAAUUCGUUCACCAUCUACAGCUGACACCAUUAACAUUUGGGACGAAUUAAAGGCCUAUAAAACCGUUCCUACAAUACCAAAAGAUGGUGGUAUCCUCAAAGCCACCCUUAAUCAAUUAGUUAUGAUGUUGACAUCGGAAACAAACUAUGAUGUAAAGUUUUUAAAAACAUUUAUUACAACCUAUCAAUCAUUCGCUUCACCAGGUAUAUUAUUCAACAAAUUAGUCGAAAGAUUCUACGUACCAGAAUGGUAUAGCACCAAUCCCCAAAAGAUUAGCACAAUUCAACAAAGGGUUAUUGUGGUAUUAAAAUAUUGGAUCGAAAAUCAAUCAUCAGAUUUUGACCAAGAUGUCAUUGACCAAAUUUAUUUCUUUAUAAACACUUUAGCAAACUCUACCGAUGGCUACUCUGAAUUAGCAAGAUUACUUCGUGGUCUUUUAGAUAAAGUAAUUCAAGAAAGAGAAGUUAAAUUCGAAUUAUUAUUCCAAAUGCCACCAAGAAUUACUUUUGAAGAGGAUUCUAUCCUUUCACCAAUAGAGUUAUUCUCUGAAUGGAGCGCUCAAUCAAUAGCCCAACAAUUAACCUUAAUAGAUUUUUCAAUUUUCAAAGAUAUAGAAGCAAGAGAAUUAUUAAAUCAAAACUUUAAUAAACCCAAAUUAAAAUAUAAAUCACCAAAUAUUAUGAGAAUGAUUUCAAAGUCAACUCAAUUUUCAUUUUGGGUUGCAUAUGUAAUUUUAAUGGAACCAAAAAAAGAAAAAAGAAUUAAAAUAUUUGAAAAGUUUUGCGAAAUUGGUAAAUACUUGUUAAAGAUGAAUAACUUUAAUACUUUAAUGGGUUUAAAUGCUGGUUUAAAUCUUACAUGUGUUCAUAGAUUAAAGAAAACUAAAAAGAAGCUAUCAUCUUCUUCCGAAGCUUUCCUUAAUGAAUUAGAAAGAUUAUUCUCUUCAAAAAAAUCAUUUAAAAACUAUAGAGAUCAUUUAACAACUGUAACUUUACCAUGUAUUCCAUAUUUAGGUUUUAAUUUAACUGAUGUAACAUUUAUUGAGGAAGGUAAUACCGAUCAUUUACCAUCUGACAGUGGAUCAAACAAUAAUAGUCCACUAAUUAAUUUCAAAAAGAGAGAACUACUUUAUCAAGCUUGGGCUGAUCUUAGUAGAUUCCAAGAAACACCAUAUACUUUCCAACCAGAAGAACCAUUAAAUACUUUCUUAUUAAAUUUCCCAAUAUUAGAUGAAAAAGAGUUAUAUGAAUUAUCAGUAGCAUUAGAACCAAAAUAA